AAAGCUCUCUCGCGGUUUCGUCAGUCCCUUGCCUACUGGGAGGAAUGAAAUGAAUAUCCUUUGGACAUAGUAACGUCCACAACAGAAAAGCCGCUACUUCCCCAGGUGACGUCUGUGUACCACCCCUACAUUUCAAAGAGUUGCACCUCAGAGCUCGGCACAUUCCUCUGGGGCUGUUCUGGGGUGGUGGCGCUGAUGUCGGGGCUUCGCCCAGGUUCCUCACCUGCUGCCUCCUCCAGGACCGCUCAGCUCAAUGGCCCACUUGAAGCGCCGGCCUCGGUUGGCCACCAGGCCCCCUUGGGCCGCCAUGGCAACGGUCACUUCCCAAAGCCGGGAAGCCCCUCACUCCAAAACGACUGCCAAACAGCAGCGUCCCCAACUACGUCGUCUCACUCUUCAAGUCCAUUUCCGGCGCGUGAACAUAGGCGCCACUUCCGGCCCGGAAAUUGGCGGGGCAGGGACCGAGGACAGACAGCUUACGAUUUGAGCCAGUGGGAGGAACAACGGACAGGACGUAGUCCUUCCUGUAGCGACUCCUACGCAGUGUCCCUUUCCGAAGAGGACUGUCGUUUUUUCCUUGAUUUCUGUCUGAGGUCCUGCUUUGCGUGGCAGAAGGUAUUUAAGAGAUUAUGGCAUCUGAAACCCACAAUGUUAAAAAACGGAACUUUUGUAAUAAUUUUGAGGAUCGUUCCAUUGAUCUUCCUAGAAAAAGGAUCUCUAAUUUCACUACUAAGAACAUGAAGGAGGUUAAGAAAUCUCCAAAACAGUUGGUUGCUUACAUAAAUAGAACAGUUGGACAAGCUGUGAAAAGCCCAGAUAAACUACAUAAGGUGAUCUAUCGCAGAAAGAAAGUUCAUCAUCCUUUUCCAAAUCCUUGUUACGGAAAAAAAAAACAGUCCCCGGGAACUGGGGGCUGUGACAUGGCAAAUAAAGAAAAUGAAGUGGCUUGUACCAGCCACCUGCCUGAAAAAUUACGCCUUGAUAGUCGAACAUAUUUGGUUAACUCCAGUGAUACUGGUUCUUCACAGACAGAAAGCCCAUCAUCAAAAUAUAGUGGUUUUUUUUCUGAGGUUUCUCAGGACCAUGAAACAAUGGCACAGGUUUUGUUCAGCCGGAAUUUGAGAUUGAAUGUAGCUUUAACCUUCUGGAGGAAGAGAAGUAUAAGUGAACUUGUAGCCUAUUUGGUGAGGAUAGAAGAUCUUGGAGUUGUGGUGGAUUGCCUUCCUGUGAUCACCAAUAGUUUACAGGAAGAAAAACAAUACAUCUCCCUUGGCUGCUGUGUAGACUUGUUGCCUCUAGUAAAAUCACUACUUAAAAGCAAAUUUGAAGAGUAUGUAAUAGUUGGUUUAAACUGGCUUCAAGCAGUCAUAAAAAGGUGGUGGACAGAAUUAUCAUCCAAAACAGAAGUUAUAAAUGAUGGAAAUAUUCAGAUUUUAAAACAACAAUUAAGUGGAUUGUGGGAACAAGAAAACCAUCUUACUUUGGUUCCAGGAUAUACUGGCAGUAUAGCUAAGGAUGUAGAUGCGUAUUUAUUACAAUUGCAUUGAGAGGUUUCAUCUACUAAAGAGUGCUUGGUUACUCAGAAUAUCCCUGGACUAUCUGAUUUCCAAAAAAAUGUCUCGUCUGAGAACUGUGAACUGUGAAAGAAAUCAAAACCAUUUUUUUCUUUUAAAAAGCCACAUAAUGAAACCACUAAUGAAACUUAUUCUACUUCACAUUGAAGUGGAAAAUAUCCAAAAGGAGCAGCUUCAGCUUCAAUGAGGUGAAAGUGCACUAAGAAGAUUGUUCGCCUUUGCUGAAUUUGGGAUUUAUAUGGUUAUUUGGUUAACAUUGUUUGAGAACUACUGGGUCUUAAUGCAAUCCUGAAUAUUGCAUAAGAAUAUAAUUUAUGCUAUGUGAAAAAAAUAAGACAGGACUUAUCACUAGGAACUACAAAGACCAAUCAUCAUUAAUUUUUUAAGAUUGUGUUUUAUGAGAAAACACUUAAAGGUGUGCAGCUAUUUUCUUAUGUUGAAAAGACUGAAAGAUUAAAACAUAGCAAAUAAUCAAUAUUAAGUAUUUUUGUCCACACUGAGAUACUAUGUUUGCAAAAUGCCUUAAUUAUUAAUAAGCCAAUGUGUUGUGAUACAUGUAUCUGUUAAAAAAUUUGAAACCAACUAUGUUUCUGGCAUGAUAAAAUCAUGGAAUUAAAUCAGGGGUUUACAUUCACAUAGAAUGUUGAUGUUUGAAACCUACUCCACGCCAUUUUUAAAACUUAAGAAUAUUUUAGUAUAUCUUAUUUUUUUUUCUUUUUUGCCAGAAUCAUCAUGUCAUGUAUGUAUGUAUUAUGCCUAUAUAAAAUUUUAAAAGGUGAAUACUUAUUUGUAUGAAUGCUUAACUGGAAAUGUCCAUGAAGUUGGCUAAUAUAUGUUCACUUUUUAUUGUAUAUACAUUUCUAAUAUUUUCAGUUCUGUAUCAUUUAAGCUUCCUUCAUUUGAGUAAAUUCCCUAAAUAUUUCUUUUUGCUUUUUUUAAAUCUGGUUUUAUAUUAAUUCUAAUUCUUUUUCACUACAUAUGUUUUAAGAGUUACACACAAUGCUUUAGAAAUGUUUACAGUUAGUGCUGACCUUGUAUUUUAAAUUCCAACACUUUAUAGUACUACCUCCUCCAAUGGAUGUUAUGAAAUGCCAGCAGACUGUAUGAGGUCUUUAAAAAAAGAAAAAAAAAAAACAAUUUUUAGUGUCAAUGAAACCAGUUCUGAACUGUUGUAAUAGCUGUAUAUCUUGCCUGUUUUGAAAGUGAUUGGGGUUUAAUACCAUUACUGGGUGGUUCGUUUAUCAUCUCUUAUUUAAAAAGUCUGACAAGUAUCUGAGCAAAGAUUUUUAGUAAUUUCUCUGCAGUAAUCCUUCAAGUACUUGAAUGUAAAUCUUUAGCAUUUGCCCAGUUAGUGACUACUGAUGUGAAUACAAACAUCUUUUCUGCUUUAAAGAUGUUAAAAAUGUUACAUUUCACUCAGUUCUAUUUUUAUAUAGCUAUACUUCAUAUAGCUAAGUAUUCCCCACAGUAAAAAUCAAUUGUAGUAAUUGGUUAUUUUCUUAAGUCUUUAGAUUAGAAUCAUUUCAGAUUACUGCACUUCUGUGAUUUGAGAUGUUUUUCAGGAGAUGGGAAUUUGGGUCAUCUCUGAGACCUAAGAUGAUGAAAUAUAACCUUUCUUUGUUCACAUUCUUUUAGUUAUUGCUAUCUUUAUUUAACAGUUUGAACCAGUUAACUUGGCCAAAGCGUGGUGCUAAUGAGGCUAAGGACAGGAGUUUGAUCCUUUUGUAGGUUUAUUAACUUUAUACACACACAUAAAAAAAAAAUUUAUUUCAUAGCUACAGAUUACACCCUCCCUCAAGUAACCAUCUCACAAAUUCAGCCCUUGGUCACAAGGAAGAUUGUGUAUAUAGCUUAGCAAAAACCCUCCACCUUAAAUGGAAAAAUAAUUCAAAUAAUUGGUAUGUGAGAUACUAUUGACUUUUAAUUUUAUACUUAAUAUAAUUAAAAUACUGUUGUUAUAAGUUCAUCUGGGUUAAAUCAUUAAACAGUGUCUUCUAAAAUCAAACUUCAAUAAAUCAAAUUUCAGUAAAAAUUUACAACUACAGAUGAAACAUAGUAAGAAAAGGUAUUAUCCUAUUAACUCUGGGUUCUUGUGCCUAAAUUUGGGUUUGUUGAAAGAGUAUAUAGUACUCCAUUUUAUAUAUUCUGAGCUAUGUAACGCAGCAGUCUUUAGCUCAUGAAGAUUUUCAGUAGCAUACACUCCUAAUUUCUGUUCCUGACCUUUGCAGUUGUUUCGCUCAGUACCUACCUCUCAGUUAUUGAGUUUUGACUAGUUUUAGGUGAUUCUAAAAUCGUUGGAUGAAAAUCAUUAAGAUAAGUAUUGUUGAACACUUCUGUUGCUACUAAGCUCUUAUGUUGUAGCAUAAGCUCUUCUUAUGCUACAACAUUUUAAUCACAACAUUGUUGAUCUCCACACAGAGCCAAAGAAAGUGUUUACAAAGUAUUCUGGCUGUUGUAUUGACCUAAAUUAGAACAAUUGUUGUCUGUCGUUGCUCGUUUGUAGCUGUGCUGCUAAACUAUACAGAACUGAAAGACUAUACAAGGUCUCGAUGCCUUUUUUGCUCCUCUACCUUUGUUGGUUUUCUGUACUUGACUUUGCUAACUUUGCAAGUUCUAGUUUAUUGAGAUGAUAAAGGGCUAUAACUAAGCAAUUUGCAUCUACUAGGAAUAAAGUGAAUGGAUUUUGUAAUGAAUUGUCAAGAUGAGAAUAAGGGUUAAGGUUAUGAUUCAAGUAUUAUUCUCAGAUGGCUUUUUUAAAAAUUAACCUUUUGGCAGUAAUUUCAAAGGUAAUUGGCACAGAUCAUUUACAUGAAUCCCUUGGAUAUAAGUGUCUGUAUCCGCUUUGGGGCAUCAUUAAUAUCUGCAUUGAACUCCAAGGACUACUGAGGAAUUAAAUCCUAAUGCCCUGAAUACACUUGAUACAUGUCAUAUCCUAAUCUUAAAAUGGUUGUGUAGGUUCAGAGCUAUACUUCUGGCUUCUGAAGUAAUAAUUUCCUCAACCUUAGAACAUUUUAUAUUUGGUAAGCUAUUGUCACGAUAAACAUUAAUGGGAUAAAGAAUUCAAAUGAUGAUUAUUAGCUAUUAAAUGCUGAUAACAAAAGUCAUAUUUAAAUGUUUAGUUGUUAGUCAAGGAGCACGAAAAGGCAAGAUUUAAUUAAUAUUUCAUCAGGCCUUAAUGCAAUAAAAUUAACCCAGUUAGCUUUUUUCCUUUUAAAAAACAAGAUGGUAGUAUCAGUUGCCAUUGUUAAUUUUUUAAAAAUUAGAAUCAUAAGCAGCCAAUUCACCUGGAGUGAUCCAGUUGGAUACCCUACUUCUAAUUUUCAAAUAGACUUCUAUUUUCUGGGUUAUAUCAAAUGAAAAUGGUAUUGUUGGACAUCUGUUGAUAGGUAUUUACUCCUAUGUUAUUCUUUCUCCCUUAACAAAUUCUUCUGGCUAUGAUUAUUGUCAUAAAUCUUUGUGACACACUAUUCCCCUCUUUUUUUUUUUUUUUCCUAUUACAGGAGUAUAAAAUGAAAAAGUUGAUCCGCAAACACUGUAUGCCUCUAUUUUGUAAUACAGUUUGGUUCAGUAACAGCACCAAGUAUUACAAUAAAAAUAGAUACUGCACAAUACAUACCAGACACUAAGUACAUUUUGUGGUGAUGUAUUUAAAAUAAUACAAUAUUUUAAAUAUUGUGAUUAUAACUUUUUUUGAGUCAGUGUCUUCUAAAAUCAUACUUCAGUAAAUCAAACUUCUGUAAAAAUUAAUUACAUCUACAAAUGGAAUAUAGCAUAUCCACAAUAUUUUCUUUAUUGAGCAUAAUUAAGCCGAAAACAUAAAAAGACAGUUCCUGUGUACAGUAGUUACAUGAAAGGGCAGUUCCACACUCCCAGUGUAUUUUUUGAAACAUAGCUUCUUAUGUAUUAUUGCCUUGAUAUGCAGAAUUAUUAUUCUCUGUACUAGAAAGUUUUUGUUCUUGUUGUUGUUUUAAUAUUGCCUAAGAUGGGAGAUGCCAGGUAUCUUGAUGAGGAUUGAGCCCCCAAACAAACUUGAAUUAUUGUUGAUUUCUUACACUUAAUAUAUCUUCAUUCAAGUUUAAACCAGGAUUUUUUUUAUAUUUUUUUUAAUGUCCUAAACCUGGCCAGGACUGUUAGGACACUGGAUUUAUAUCAAAGCUAGGAAGAAUUGAUCCAGAGUUUUUUUCUAGAGUAAGAAAGAGUUUUACUGGGAGUCCUAGAAUACACUGAGUCAUCAGAAUUACUUGCCUCCAGAAUUACUUUACUUCAUUCUCAACCUGCUUACAACCUGGACCCUGGACUGGAGUAGGAGCUCACCUUCCCGGGAGUCAGGAGCAGAGUUAGCAUUCAUUUACUUUCCUACUUCCAUUUAAAUAAAGAGAGUGAGGGGGAGAGGGUUAUUAGCCUUUUAUAUAAAAUUAGUCAAAAGUGAAUGAGGACCUACCUUGCUUGCCCUGCAAUAUACUCACCAACCCCACUCUGUACAGCUGCAGUUCAGCCUCAGCUGCAGCAGGAGAAAUGAGGCUUGUAAAGCUUACAAGGGGUUUGGAGGAGGCUGAUCCAGAUUCCUUUCCUUUCCUUAGAAUAAGCAAUAAGUAGUAAAGGCAAGAAACUACCUCACUCUUCAAAAUGGUUCCUACCCUAUAGAUUAGGUAUCCCCCAGUUUAAAAAUCACAAGUCUGCUUGUGGGUUAUUUCAAAUGAAAGUUUUACUCAAGACUUUGUAUAGCUGAUCAACAUAUUUUUGUCUUCUUUUUAUAAGAAAUGUUUCCCAUUCUAGAUUUGGCUUCUAUAGUAUACUCCUCUGGUUUUGUGGCUGCCUCUCUCCCCUCCUCUGCAUUUUCCUUAAGUAUAGGUGCUCUUCACAGUUCUGGUGAAGAUCCCUUCUCUUCUCACUCACCAUUUCCCUGAAAAACAUCAUUUAUUCCCAUGGAUUCCUUUGCCAUCUAAUAGUGGUUCUCAUUUUGAAGGUGGAGAGGAGGCCAGCUUUUUGUUGAUGAAAUGGGCACAGGUAUUUUUAAAGGUUGAGAAAACAUUGAAUACAUAUUUUGCCAUAGCCUAACUCUGACUCUGAAUUUUACAUACAAUUGCCUAUCAGAAAUAUCCAGUGGAAUAUCUUGUAUACAUCCUAAAUUCAGUAUGUCCAUAAUUUACCUCAUUUGCCAUUUCCAUCCUUCCCCCACACCUACACACAUGGACCAAAAAAAUCUAUUCCUUCUGGAUCCUGGGUUUCAGUUCUCAUUAAAUAGCUCUAAUAUCAGCAGUUGUCAAACCACAAACCUGUGAAUCAUCUUUGAAUCAUCCCUGAAUCAUUCACCAAAUCCUGUUCAUGCAACCCUCUAAAUAUCUCUCAUAUCUUUCUACCUCUUUCCACCUCUCCUGCCAUUAUCUUACUUCAGGCUGUUGCCUAGUUAUUCCAACAGCCUCCUGACUGUUCUCUCUGAUAUUGGUCCUACAACCCUGCACUCAUUCUCUGUACAUACUGUCCAGAAGAAUCUUUGUAAAGCACACAUUUUACUGUGCCAUUCCUGAGGCCUCUUAAGAAAAGUCCAGAAGUAUGGCUUACAAUCUCUCAACACCUCCCCAACAGUGCUCCAGCUAGAAUGAACUUGUUUCAUUUUUGAAAACAUUACACUUUCUCUGCAGAUGUUUCCUUCUCAUGACACUCCUCUCCCCCAGUUCACCCAGUUAACUCAUUCUUAACCUUCAGCUCUCAGUUUCAACAUCAGUUCUCAGGGAAGCCUUCCCUGUGGCUUCUUCGUCUGUUAGGGGUGGCUGCAUACACUCUCAUCUCAGCCUUGUUCUUCUCUAACACCACUUAGCACCAUUCUGUCACUGCUUAUUACCUGUCUUCCCAGCUAGAUUGAUAGCUCCAUGAAACCAGCAACCAUAUUCUCUGUCACUUCCAGUAUCUAGCAUAAAGCCUGACAAGAAGGAAUUUAAUACGUUCUUAUUGAAUAAAUACAAGGUUGUGACCCCUUUGGUCACACAUUGUAUGAGGAAGUAAUUUAGUAAUCCAGAGAAAUGUUUAUAUAGCAUAGCAAUUAAAAUUGAGAGGUUCUGGAAUUAAAAUCUUCAGUUUUUCUUCUAUCAUUUUUGUUGUUGUUGUUGUUGUUGUAACUUGGUUUGUAAUGCUAAUGCCACAGUAAAAACCUAACUAAAAUGUUUUUGGUCCUUAAAUGUUGUUUUAGUUUCCUAACUGGCAAAACAAAUACCAUGCAAUGGGUCAGCUUAAACUAUGAGGAUUUAUUGGCUCACGGUUUUGAGGCUAGGAGAAGUCCAAAAUCAAGGCACCAUCAAGGCGAUGCUUUCUCUCAGAAUACUGUAGUAUUCUGAGGUUGGCUCCCGGCAGUCCUUGGUCCUUGGCUUUUCUAUCUGUCACAUGGCAAUACAAAGGUGGCCUCCCUUGGCUUCUUAAUUCUGUUGACUUCCAGCUUCUGGCUGCUCCCUAUGGCUUUCUCACUGUGUGUCUGAAUUUUAUUUUUAUAAAGGACUUCAGUAAUGGGAAUAAGACCUAUCCUCACUCAGUUGAGCCACACCUUAACUGAAGUAACCUCAUCAAAAUGUUCUAUUUAUAAGGGGUUACAUCCACAUGAAUAUAUUAUGUUUAAGGACUUGUUUUUCUAGGGUACAUAGCUCUAAGCCAUCACAAUUGUUGGUAUGUUUGUUUUUCUGUUGUGUGGUUUCUUUAUUCUACACAAGAUCCCUGCAAGUGAGGACCAUCUAUAAAGUGCAAGAUUAAGGUAUUUUCAUGUAAUGUGUGAAAUACAUAAAUUUCCUUGGAAUUGAGGGUAUCCCUUGGGUGUUUUGUGUUUCUCUUCUGCUUUCAUCUUAAAAUGAAUGAAAGUCGUGUGAGAUAGUGUUUUUUCUUCCCAUACAAGUUCCUUUUUAAAAUUAAAAAAGGUAAUAAAUACAUACUUAUUUCUGAAAAUAGAGUACCAAAAAGAAGAAAAUUAAACACACAAUCUCAUCCACCAAGAGGGAAUCAUUGUGUUCAACUUACCAGACUUUCUUCUAUGCAUAUGUAUAUUUUUAAUCCAAAUGGAUUCAUGCUCUACAUAGUGAUAUUUGGUACAUCGUUUCCUACUUUGCAUAUAUACUGAAAAAGCUUGAAGGUAACUGAAAAACUUUUUUUUGCCGAUUAAAGCUAUGUGUUCUGAGUAAUUACUUUUAAUUUCUUUGGAGAAAUUGAAAGAGCCAAAAAAUAUUUGGGAAUUACUUUUGAAGCACUCUUAGUAAAGAAGUCUAUUUUCCUUGCCAAAUAUUACCAAACUUUUUUUUAAUGGCAGGGAGAGAGCUUAUCAGGAAAAGCAACAUAAUUCUGUAUUUUGAAAAGAAAUAUCAUGUAGGGUAGUUUAAAUUAUACUAAGUACUGGAAGAAAAUUUCAGCUUAUACUAUUGUGUAUUUCUUCUAGCCAACAAACAUAAUUUUGUAAGUAGAAGUUCAGUCCCUUUGUUUAAGACUAAUGUAACAAUAUUCAGCAGUAUUAUGAAUAUUCAGUUCCUAUUGAACUAAGAAUUGAUUUUAAGAUAUCUUCAGCCCUAUCCAAAUAAAUGAAUUCUUGAUAACCUGACCUCUCUUAAAACAUUUUCUACAAAGAAUUUAUUUAAUGAGUCAUUUCCUCUGCCUAUAUACUAUUCUUUAGAUUAUAUAUUCUUAACUUAAAAAUAUUUGCAUUGUGUCCCGGAGGAAAGUGUCUUAAUGUUAGAAAUGGGAAAAAAAUUAAUUAAUGGUAAAUAAAAGGAACAGAAGUAGGUAAAACUAAUAAUGACCUAUGUCUUAUAUUUAUAUAUACAUACCACAUACUCAUGUAUAUGAAAAAUUAUCUAAAUAUUAUCCUCUGCCUAGAUAGUUGCCUUAAAAAUUAUAUCUUUAUGAGGAGGAUCUUCUUACAAAUGGAUGCUAGUACUAAUCACUCUUACUGAAGGGUCAUUCGCCCAUAGCAUAUUAGUGUUUUUACUGACUGACUAGGCAGAAUUCCUUAGCUUUCAUCAACUCUAAGAUCAGACUUUACAUUGAAUUACUUUCACUCAGAAGCAUUUAAAUGUUUUUUUAAACUAGCAAUAAAACUUCAUUGUCUACAUUAUUUUUAAUGUUAUUAGUGAUUUUAACCUGGUAUAGUUUUGUCUUCUUUGACUCACAGUUAUUAAGCCAAUUAGCAAAAUGGAUCAACAGAAUAUUGUUUACCACCAUUCUAAUUAUGUCUCAGUUAAUUUUUAAAAUUCAAAUUUUUGUGAUUUUUUUUGUUUUGUCAUUUAUGAGCUUUUUAAAAAAGUAAAGGUAAAAUUAGUUUGUUAAAAGUGUCUUUGCACAAUUGAAACCAGUAAAAUAUACCUAACACGUUAAACUUUUAAGAAUGUCUGAUAACAUUGAUUCAGGGCCAUGUUAUUGUUGCCUUUGUCUAAUAAUAUAAUCAAUCAUGUCUGCUUUUUCAGAUUCCAUGUAGUUAGAGUUUUCAUAUUUCUUCAGUGAGUAUAACAACUUCAUUCCAUAAAUCUUCAAAACAUGAAAUAGCAAAAGUUUGUUUUGUUUCUGAUGAUAACUAAAAAAUUAUACUUUGGAAAAUUCAACUGCAUUUAUUUUCUAUAAAUGUCAUCAAUUAUCUAAAUAUCAACAUCAAUUGGAAUUAAUUAAAUUGUAAUAAUUAUAAUUGGCAUGUUUUUUGGUAUAAUCUUUGGCUAAUGUUUUAGAUUAGUAUUACAUCAUACAUCUUUUUUAUAGGUUUCUUGGAAAAAUUAUAUACUUUUGUAAUUGGAACUAAAUGAAAAUUACAUUACUUUCUUUUUCUGAAUCAGGCAUGGAGCCUGAUAAUUCCUUGAAAAUUUAAGUUUAUAUGGGCGGACUCAGUUACGAGUUUUGUCUUUAAAUGACAUGGAACUUAGCACUUUUCUUUUAAUUGCUAAAGCAGCUGUUCACUAGUGUUGUAUUUGCAGAACUGCAUUAUAGCUUUGAAAUCAAAUACUUUAAUUAAAAGAUAUUUAUAAAAUAGAGACAGCUUCCAUGAGCUCCUUGUAGCAGCUGGCACACCCCCAUUUGUCCUAUUACUAGUGCUGUGAAUUUCAUGUCUGCUACUUUUAUCUCAGGUCAGUCUUUUGUUCUCUCUUUUAAAAAAAAGCAACAGCUGGCUAUUAGACAUGAAAGCAUCCUCAAGUAACAUUCUAGUAAUUUUUACUAUCAGUGAUCUGAGUAAAUUGUAACACUGAUAGUUUAGAAAUAUUUGUACACAGCCAUUAUAAGCCACAUACUGAAAAAUAAUUGAUAGUUAAGUCUUAUGUAUCAACUUGACUAGCCUAUUGCCUGGUUAUUUAUUCAAACACUAAUGUAGGUAUGGCUGUGAAGGUAUUUUGUAGAAGUGGUUAACAUCCACAAUCAGUUGAUGUUAAGUAAAGGAGAUUACCUUCAAUCAAUUGAAGGCCUUCUGAGCAAACACUGAGGUUUCCUGGAGAAAAAUUCUGCUUCCAGAUUACAUCAAUGCCUGAGUUUCCAGUCUGCCCUACAAAUUUCAGACUUACCAGUCCCCCCACAAUCAUGUGAGCCAAUUCCUUAAAAGUAAUUUCUUAAUAUAUGUAAAUGUAUUAUAUGUAAAUGGAUAUAUGAAUGUAUAUAUGUACAUACAGACACACAUAUAUACUAUUGGUAAAUAUACACACACAUAUAUACUAUUGGUUCUGACUGAUAACAGAUACCAAAGGAACAUAUUUGCUUCAACAUUCAACAAUUAAGUUGUUAUUAAGUAUUUAAAUUUAAAUAUAAACAACAGCUCUUCAAAAUUAAAAUUGGAUUUAUGGGACUCUUCUUGAACUUCAAGUUAGACUAGUGCAAAUCUUUUCUCCUGCUAGUCAUUCUUUAAAUAAGUUCCCUAUAACACUUAUUGGAAAAUUAACAAGGUGAUUGAUUGUAUGUCCCAAUGAAUACUAACAGGUAUGUACACGAAUAUGCUAAAAGUUCUCUAUUUAAUGCAUGUCAUUGUUUCAGGAUGCUAAGCAGAGGCACUGAGCUCCCACAUACCCAGUGGGUAAUAAGAUGUCAACCAAUAGAGGUAGCAAGGCUUUUCAUAGUCAAUAGAUUACUUGCUAUGUUCCUAUUGAUGUUAAGCACAAAGACUAAGUACAGUCCCUGCCCUAAAAGUUUGUUGUAGAAUAGUAAAUGCACUGUGAUUCUAAAAUCAUACCAUUGGAAAAGACUUUGAAAGCUUCAGUUCUUACCUAUACUUUUAAGAAGAUCCAGAUUUAAGCAAUUUUGUGCUCAAAUGCCUAAGGUAGUAUACUGAGCAUUUUAAAUCAUUUUUUCCUUUAUGUUAAUUUUUACUAGAUAACUUGCUACAAAAGAAGCUGUUUGUUCUGGUGUCAAUAGGACCCUCAGAUUUUAUAAUCAAAACUCCAAUAAUUAAGUUUAAUAGGGAGUUUUGUAUGUCAUGGCCAUCCCUGUUUAUUCCUAAUUAGAUAUAUGAUAUUCAUAAUUAUAUACUAGUUCAUUAUCCAUACAGUGAUGUCUUUUGAGAAAAGCAGUGUUAGUGGAUUAACAUACGUCUUUCAAGAAAAUUUUGUCAUGCAUUCUUUCCUCUCAACCCUGGAUUUUAUGACUGUAGAAUGGGUAGCUGCUGGGAAAUUUUCCUUAUGAGAAUUUGACACUUAAGAAUUCUGAUUACCAUUUCCAGAUCAACUUUUUUCCUUUUUGGGGUAGGAAUUUCAAAAGUUAUCAAACAUCCCAAUGUUCUUUGGUGUCACACUGUUAUUGAUUACACUAAAAUAAUGACUAUAUUGUUUAACCAUUAAUUUUUAACCUUUGAAAGCAGAGGCAAAUGCUCCAUUAAAGAAACAUAUAAUUUGUUUUUGCUAAAAAUAAAGUUGGUUUUAUGAUACUUUGCUUCUUUUUAAUUUUCUACAUGCUAUGUAUGUCCUUGUUACUGUUUAAUUUAGCCUGUAAACUGCUAAACUGUACACUUCUUUUCAAUUCUUGUGUCCUGCAUCAUACUGAGUAAAUGGCUUCUUGGUAAA